AUGGAUUGGUGGGGGCCAAUGUUGGGCGUCGCCGAAUUUGCCGGUGAGCGUUUAUGUGGAUUUCUACAAAAAAUCAACACGAACGGCAAAGUUGAACAAAUGGCUCAAACGAUAAUGCGUCGGUUCUGUCACCUUCAGCGAUUGAUGGGCAAGGCUCCUCCAGAAAUGAGCACGAUUGAGAAAAAAAGUCAAAGGAAUGUAGGAGCCGCUUUCGAAGUGGACCCAACGACAUAUGAGUGUCUUCUCAAAUACUACCAAUCUCAGGACAAUCAGUGGACUGACUUCAGGCGUUUGCCUUAUCCGGAAAACGCUCAAGUCUUGGGGCCGUUUGUUCGUGAAGUGAUGACGCUUGAAGGCCGGUAUGGAAUGCGAUACAGCAAAAAAAGCCCGAAUAAUAUUGUGAAGUUAGAGGCAGGUGGGAAAAUUACCUGGGGAAAGGUGCUCCACAUCAUACAGUUGGACGAUCCGGCAGAUGUUGUGGUGAUGGUGCAAGAUCUUUCAGAAGUUGUCAAUGAGACACUUCGGGUUGUAUUCAGGAAGUUGGGUAUCACACGGGUGGUCGAAGAUUCAAAUAUCAAAUUUAUCUCAGCAAGAAGCGUGGUGGCAUCUGUGCCUCAUCGCCCUCUCCCUGCUUGGGCAAUGGGAUUGCAAAGUCCGAGUCUCCUUCUUGUAGGGGUCGAGUCUGCGGUACAGGAGGAAGGGAAUUCAAGAGCGGUCAAUAUGGAUGUGGUCUACGUGGCUAACACGCCAGGUGAUGAUGCGAUGGAGAUCGAUUAA